AUGGCGGCAAUGAGUGGAGCGCUUGUAAUGGGAGAGCUUUGCUGGAAGCGAGGGAAUGCCCGAAGGGUCCAGAGGAAAGGGUAUGUGCUAUACGAGGCAGGUUCUUUUGAGCUGCCCAAGAGAUGCGAGAGGUGCAAGCGUGCAAAGAAGGGAGCGCAAUAUUGCUUUGAUGCGGGCCACCACCUUAACCCCGGCGAUCCUCGCCCUGUGAAGGCAAAACGAACCCAACCACCGACGUCAGGAAACUCAACUGCAGCAGUGCAGUCGAUGGAUAUUGCGGAACAAGCUUUGGAGCCAAACCAGGACCUUCUCGAAGUUUCCAAGACAGCAGGAGCAGGACAAGGAGCGUUGGCGGAGAAUGACGAAGGUGAGAACGGCGAGAUGUCAAACGCAACUUUCGACCCGAAGAAGAGGCCGAGGCAUUGGGCUAGGCGAGCUGUUCCCAUCCAACUGAUAGGAGGAGAGGAAAUUCAUAUCAUGAAGUGGGUCACCGACACAGCUCGAAAGCUUUCCUCCAAAGAAGAAAGCUUCACCUCUGCCGAAGCGCAAGAAGCGUUGAAACGCAAGGCUGCAUUAGCCCAGGGACGCAAGCUGUUUACGUGCUCUUGGCCGAACUGUGCGAAGUCCUUCUUCGAGAGCUCGAGGUUGAAGCGGCACAUGCUUGUUCACACAGGUGAACGACCGUUCAAAUGCCCUGUCGAAGGAUGCGGCAAAUCGUUCUCGUUGGACUUCAACCUCAGGUCUCACUUGCGUGCCAUCCACGGCCAUUCCUACGCUUCGGCAUGGCAGGUUUGCGAUGCAUUCAUGAGGCUGCAAGAGCUGCCGUGUGGCCUGCCAGUGCUGACAGCUGCACAGACCUGCAAAGCUGCGGGAACUGGGACGAACCCCAAGGACGACAAGGGCAGCCUCGGGCCUGGAGGUUCUAUGGAAGCAGGCAUGGACGGGGAGGAGGCAGGAAUGGAGUAG